AUGGCGGUCACAGGCACUGCCAAUCUCGCUGCCCCUACGCCACCCUCUCUAUGCCGCCUCUUCCCCAACCCCCGAUACCUUCCCACUCACCCCCUAAAACCCAGGCCCAUUUCGGCCUCCCUCUCCUCCAUCGAUAUCCGGUCUCCCAAUUGGACCCCCGGCUCCUGGAAAUCAAAGAAAGCACAACAGCUCCCGGAGUACCCGGACCCAGUCGAGCUGGAAUCGGUGCUGAAGACCCUCGAGUCAUUCCCCCCGAUGGUGUUCGCCGGCGAGGCUCGGAACCUGGAGGAGCGGCUGGCCGACGCCGCCGUGGGCAAGGCCUUUCUGCUUCAGGGUGGGGACUGUGCGGAGAGUUUCAAAGAGUUCGGUGGGACUAAUAUUAGGGACACUUUUAGGGUUUUGUUGCAGAUGGGUAUUGUUCUCACUUUCGGUGCUCAAUUGCCUGUCAUCAAGGUUGGACGGAUGGCAGGCCAAUUUGCCAAACCUAGAUCGGAUCCUUUUGAGGUUAAAGAUGGGGUAAAGCUCCCAAGUUAUCGGGGAGACAAUAUCAAUAGUGAUGAUUUUGAUGAGAAAUCUAGAACACCAGAUCCUCAAAGGUUGAUCAGAGCCUACCUCCAAUCUGUUGGCACAUUAAAUCUCCUACGAGCUUUUGCUACUGGUGGAUAUGCUGCCAUGCAGAGAGUGUCACAGUGGAAUCUUGACUUUGUACAGCAUAGUGAGCAAGGAGACAGAUACACGGAACUUGCACAGAGGGUAGAUGAGGCUCUGGGUUUCAUGGCUGCUGCUGGGCUUACAACCGAUCAUCCUAUCAUGAACACAAUUGAGUUCUGGACAUCUCACGAGUGCCUUCAUUUACUAUAUGAGCAAGCUUUGACUAGACAGGAUUCAACAACUGGCCUCUACUAUGACUGCUCUGCUCAUAUGCUUUGGGUAGGUGAGAGAACUCGGCAGUUGGAUGGAGCACAUGUUGAAUUUCUCCGUGGCAUAUCUAAUCCUCUUGGUAUAAAGGUGAGUGACAAGAUGGAUCCAAAGGAGCUUGUAAAACUAUGUGAGAUUCUAAACCCUCGCAACAAACCUGGAAGAUUGACAAUAAUCACCCGAAUGGGAGCUGAUAACAUGCGCAUAAAGCUUCCUCAUUUGAUAAGAGCUGUGCGGCAGGCUGGGCUUAUUGUCACAUGGGUCAGUGAUCCUAUGCAUGGGAACACAAUCAAGGCCCCAUGUGGUCUGAAGACACGAUCUUUUGAUUCUAUAAGGUCAGAAUUGCGAGCUUUCUUUGAUGUUCAUGAUCAAGAAGGGAGCCACCCAGGAGGAGUUCAUCUGGAAAUGACUGGGCAGAAUGUAACAGAGUGCAUUGGAGGGUCAAAGACAGUGACUUUUGAUGACUUGAACUCCCGCUAUCACACACACUGUGAUCCGAGGCUCAAUGCAUCACAAUCACUAGAGUUGGCAUUUGCCAUAGCAGAGAGGUUGAGGAGGAAAAGAAUGAGAUCUGUUGGUGCUCUCCACAAAGGGUGA